AUGGACGCUGUGGUGCUUAGGAAGAGGGGCUACAGCCUCGGCAGCACGCUAGGGGAAGGCUCCUACGGCAAGGUGAAAUGCGCCUACAGCCUCAACCUGAAGCGCAAAGUGGCCAUCAAGAUCAUUGACAAGAAGAAGAUUUCUCAGAACGUCCUGGAGAAGUUUCUCCCCAGGGAAAUGGAGGCUCUGAAACGGCUGCACCACCCCUCGAUCAUCGAGACCUACGAGAUUUUUGAGACGUCGGUCGGGAAGGUGUACAUCGUGAUGGAGCUGGGGGAAAAGGGGAGCCUCCUGAGCUACCUCAGCGUCAAGGGACCGAUGGAGGAGGGCGUCGCCCGCAUCAAGUUCCAGCAGUUGGCUUCGGCCAUCAAGCAUUGCCACGACUCGGACUUUGCUCACAGGGACCUGAAGUGUGACAACAUCCUUCUUGACAACGAUCUUAACUUCAAGCUGACGGAUUUUGGUUUUUCGAAACCCUUGUCUCGGGACAAAAAUGGAAAAACCAUUCUCAGCAACACCUUCUGCGGGUCUCUGGCGUACUCAGCGCCCGAACUGCUUGAGCACGUUCCCUGUGACCCCAGGAUUUCCGACAUGUGGAGCCUGGGCAUCAUCCUGUAUGCAAUGCUCUAUGCUUCACAGCCUUUUGAUAGUUCUAAUGUCAAGGAAAUGCUCCAGAUUCAGAAACAACAAAAGAUUCCCUUCCUCAAGACCAAACCCCUGUCCGUGGAGUGCAAGAACCUCAUUUCUCGCUUGCUCCAGCCUGAUGUGUCUCAGAGACUGUGCAUAGAUGAAGUUUUGCGACAUCCCUGGUUGCAGGCUCCAAAAUCCAUGCCCUCUCAUUCUCUGCUAGCUGCAGGAGAGGGCAAUCCCAAAGCCUGUGCAAGAAAAAACCUGAGCAAAAACAGAAGGGCAACUCCCAUUCUGCGCAAGUAUAAGGACUGGAGAAGGAAAUCGGAUCCUCUUAAGGGGGGUUUAUUUCAACAAAACCACAAACUUGCCUAA